GGCUGCUGAGGCAAUCAACGGUCACUCGUUCGUCGCACUCAGCUGUUGGUUUGUUGAAGGAAGCAAGGUCGGUGGGUACACUCGGUUUGCAUUUCGGCGGCACAAAUGUCCGUUGCGCGGUUCAAGAUCAGUUGCUAGGCGUGCGAAAUCGUGUGCUCUGUGCUCCACGCCAUUUGAGAACUUUCAAAAACUCAUCCGUUGUCUAUUUACCGGCGCGUUGAUUUUAUUUGAACGCACGCGACGCAUAUCUUUAUCUUCGUCUUACGCUCACCCGCCCGCUGCAUCCGGUCGCAGACAUGGCUUCCUUCCAAGUUCAUAACGACCAAGAAAAUCGCGCUACGAAUUUCCUCUUCGCGAACAAGGAAAAUGUGCAGCAAAAACGCACCGUGCUCGGCACCAUCGACAACAAGCCCGAACGCAUGCUCAAAACGAAACAGCCUCUAGGAGUACGCAACAAAAACGUGGUGAAUGAUGAAAAUGCGGUGUGCAAGCCUUUCGCCAACAAGCAGGCCCCUGUUAUUCCCGUCGCGCAGUUCCAGGCGUUUAAAGUUUACGAAGAAGCCGACGACAAGAAACCCGUCCGAUAUGAGAACCAACGCAAAGAGGUCGAGCAGUACGAAUCGCUGCGCAUUAAGGAAGUUUUCCAAAACUUCUACAAGGGUACCGCCGGCGAGAAACUGGUCACCAAGAAAGAGGCUUUGGAGCAGUCUGGUAUCUUUGACCUGCCAAAGCCACAAGUUAUUGAGGUGCCAGUGCCAAUGAGCAUUGAAAAAUCAGCAAAUAAGUCAGAAACUGAGGGGGCACAAGUCAAUGUUAGUCGAAACAAGGACUUAUUCUUUGAGUUGGAUGAAUAUAGGGAGGACAUUUAUGAAUAUUUAAGAGAAAAAGAGCUGAGGCACCGCGCAAAACCGAAUUACAUGCGCAAACAGCCAGAUAUCACCCACAACAUGAGGACCAUUUUGGUUGACUGGUUGGUGGAGGUCUCUGAGGAAUACAAACUGCAAACAGAGACACUUUACUUGGCCAUCAACUAUAUUGAUAGAUUCCUUAGCUAUAUGUCAGUUGUCCGUGCGAAACUCCAGCUGGUCGGCACAGCCGCCAUGUUUAUUGCUGCGAAAUACGAAGAAAUCUAUCCGCCAGAUGUCAGUGAAUUCGUCUAUAUCACUGAUGAUACAUACUCAAAGCGUCAGGUGAUCCGAAUGGAAGUCCUCAUCUUGAAAGUACUCGACUUUGACUUGUCGGUGCCUACCCCAUACACAUUCAUCACAGCAUUGAGCAUCGCUAAUCGCCUUUCGGAGAAAUCAACAUUCCUCGCCCAGUUUCUCUCGGAAUUGGCGCUUCUAGAAGCUGAACCUACGCUGGAGAUUCUUCCGUCGGUAAUGGCCGCUGGCGCAAUCGCAGUAGCACGCAACGCCAUUGGCGAGACCGCAUGGACACCCGAACUGACAGCCAACACCGGUUAUACUCUCGCAGAACUACGUCCUGCUGUCGAACAUCUCACGGAAUUGCACCGCAAAGCGGCCACACUACCGCAGCAAGCCAUCCAGGAGAAGUACAAGCAAGGUAAGUAUUUGCACGUGUCGCAGAUUGCGCCCGCCGAUAAGAUCAUUGCCUUCGAUUGAUGCGAUUCUGCGAGUAUUUCUCAAUUUAGAAAUAGGCGUCGCAUAGCUAAAUUUUAAAUUUUAAGCCGACUGAGUACGACAAAUGCCUUGUGUAUGAGUGUAAGUUUAAAUUUGUUAUUUUAUAAGAGUGCAAACGCAUCGACUACGCAUGCGCAGACCGCAGACAACAUGAAUUUGUACAUUCAUGCAUUGUCACAGUAUUCGGUAAUAACUCUCAAUUAUUUCGAGAGUUUUUAAUUACGCUAAUAUCGCCGUCUGCCAUUUUAAGCAUUAUUUACGUCAAUUUUUAACUCUUAGUUAUUUUUAUACUUAUAUUAUUAUUAUUAUUAUUGUAUUGGCGUACGCGCGCACGGUAAAUAAAAAAGUAGCCAGAAGAAGCGCAAAAUAUCAAAAAUUGUUACAUUGCUCAGAAACAAACUGUAUUUGUUAGUGCCAUGAUUUUAUGUAUACUCAACAAACCGACGACGACGACGCGGAUAAAGUAUCGAUGUAUGUAUAGUUAUUUAUUAAUUGUUUGAUGAGCAGCGCCAAACUGAUUAAUCUCAUUUAAAUAUGUUGACUACAAAUUAACCACUCUUGCUAUGAUUUUAUUUAGAAGAAGAAAAUAGUUUGAAGAAAACAGGAUUCAGUGUCAUGGCGCUUUUGUUUGUUAUUUAUUUGUUUGUAUGUGUAACAUCGAAUAAUUACACACAUAUGUGACAAUGUGUUUGUCUCUUGAAACUCAUGUUAACAUGUAUCCUUUUAAGUAAGCCUUCGAAUAAUAAGUCGCAAAUAGAAAAAAAAUCAGUCAUAGGGAAUAAAAACCAUUGUAAAGUCAGGAAAUGUCAAUAGUAAAUAUCUUAAAAUAGCCUUAUUAAUAAAUUGUAAAGAAUGAGCAUAUGUACGUACAUCAACUUGAGAUCAUUCAGUUUGAGAGCUAUUCGGUAGUAAAAUAUGAUUCAUAUUGGUACACAGAGUAUUAGGAUUCGCUAGAUUCACGAAUUGUUCGCGUCUCGUCGAAGAGCAGCGUGCAGAGGAUUGCCUGCAGGCGAUUGCGCGCUGGCUCGAAAUUCACGUCCAGAGCUAGCGAGGAGCGGUACAAUGCGACUGCAUUCUCGUAGUCACCCAGAGCAGUGUAAAUGUUUCCGGCGUGGAAGUGAUUCACGACGAAGUUGGGGUUGGCCUGCAUUGCCAAUUCCAUUAUUUCCAGUGCGUCAUGGAAGUGUCCCAUCCUAAAAUGAUAAUAUAUACAACUUGCAAUGAAAUUUAAACAAUUGAUGGGAACAUACUUUUGUAAGAUACUGGCGAGAUUCGUAAGCGGAAUGUCUUUCAUAUCGGCUGGUACAUAAGUGAGCGCUUGCCGUAUGCACGUGACGGCUUCUUCGGUAUUGCCCACGACGCGCCAAUACAAUGCGGCUGCAGUGGCGAGAAUCCACGACGUAUUAUUCUGGAAAUCAUCGAAUUAGAGCACAAUCGAUGAAGAAGUAACAAAUUUAGAAUAUUUAUAUAAGAAACUAAAUAAUAUUUAACUGAUUAUAGUCUAGGCGAAUAUUUUUGUAUCCAGAGAUUUUUUCUAAUAAAAAUAUUACGGACAGUGAAAACAA